AUGGCCCACGCCGACCACACCCGCGACCCCUGCCCAUGGGUUAUCCUCUCCGACUUCGGUAGUGCGUUCGCCAUGGGUGCCGUCGGUGGUACCAUCUGGCACGGCAUCAAGGGUGCGAGGAACUCCCCAAGAGGAGACCGCAUGGUCGGUGCCCUCUCCGUCAUCAAGGCCCGUGCACCCGUAACGGGUGGUAACUUCGGUGUCUGGGGCGGUAUGUUCUCUACCUUUGACUGCGCAGUCAAGGGCUGGCGGCAGAAGGAGGAUAUGUGGAACGCCAUCAUCUCUGGAUUCAUGACUGGUGGAUGUCUCGCUGCGCGGAGUGGUCCCCGAGGUGCUCUGACUUCGGCCGUGGCAUGUGGUAUCCUUCUCAGCGUGUUCGAGGGUGUCGGUGUUCUUGUGUCGAGGGUGUUCAAUGACGGUACUCGUCCUCAGCUACCACCACUACCGGAGAAUGUGCAGCCCACUGCUUGA